AUUACGUAUUAUCACCUCCGUCAUGUUAAGCCAAUAAUUAUUACAAAAGAAAUAUGAAUAAAGGCACUUGUAGUACGGAAUCCUGUGUUUACAGUCUGUUAAGCAUCACUGCGCCAUAAUUCAUCAUUUUCACAUACACUUUAACGCUUUAGAAUUGCUUAUUCCACCUUGCACGCAAAGUAUAAUAAUUAUUUUAGACUUUCAGUGAAGUUAAGUAAUACACAUUGACUGACAUUGUAGUUGAUUUUGAACAUCUGUAUAUAGCCGUAAAUACGAGUAUUUUAUUUAAGCAAAUUCAAAUGAGCAGCAACAUCUCCUAUCGACUGUAAACCAUUAAUGCGGUGAUAUUAAUUUACAUCCUAAAGGUUUCCAAGAUGCGUUUUCCACAAAUCCAACAAUGCAAACUAAGCACCGAGCGGGCCCAGGUCUUUAUAAACGGCAUACUAUGGAAAGGAUCGAACGAUGCAUACCAAGGAAGGCUGCCAGCACGAACUCUCAUGUUCUGCAGGCUGCAGCUAUGUAUCCACACAAAUCAUCUCUUCGCACCGCGUACUGCUAAACAUGUGUGACCCGAUCAAAAAGCUGUGCAUCACAUAAAUGGAUCAAAUUGCCAAUCCAGCGUCUUCUGCCGGCCGACGACUCAGUCGUGCGGAGAGCGAGGCGCUGACUAGCUGUCUGGCAGAAACAGUGGGUCGCUCCGUUCCCAUUAGCAUGACCCUGGCCGCCGUGACCUUGUACGGACGCCAUGCCGGUUACCUGCCGCGGCGUCUUCUCGGAGGGUCCACACCCGUUAUUCUGUUGGCCGGGAUGGGGGGCUACGCGGUGGCGCACUGGAGCGUCCACCAACGCUGCCAGGAUCGGAUGAUGCGCAGCUCGAGUCGACGACCGCCGAUGAACCCCGAUGGAUCUCUUGAAUGGCAUCCCCCCGCAAGCCGUGACCUUUAUCGCACGUAUCCCAUCAAAGAGUCCGUCCUUGCAGCAAGUGACCAGAGACCAGCGGAGGACGAGUGGAAGGGUCCGUGGGACGAGGAUUACUAUGUGAGUAAUCCUGAUCUGGAUUACGCUCUGCAGUUGCAGCGGGAUGGGGGAAGCCAAAAAAGGGAGACCGAUGAUUCCUGGACAGGUCAGACAAGGGCGGCGCCUGCGCCCGCAGCAGACUACAACUUACGAAGAACUGCGCAUCAGUCACCGCAGUCAGAAACUAAUUGUUCCUCUUCAACAGCGAACCACAAAAGUGGGCCGGAAGGUCAUGUCCCCUCUGGAUUUUAACGGACAACCAAACUGAUCCUGUGUAUAUCUGUAGCGUUGAAAUGACUACCCUUGGGUACUGUACUGCCCGUCUUUUAAUACAAAUGCACACUGUAUAAAACAGUGAUUCAGAUUCAGAACUCUCCGAUUUGUUCACGCUUGCGAGAGUUUAUAACGGUGCGGUUUAAUUAAAA